UUCAUCCUGCAGUUUCAGUUCCACGAAAAACUAUGCCAAGCGGCCAAACACACUGGACCCUUGCACACAUGCGACAUCUACCGCUCUGCAGAAGCGGGGGCCAUUUUAAAAAAAGUUCUUCAGGCGGGUUCCUCCAAACCUUGGCCUGAAGUGCUUCAAGAGGCCAUCGGGACGAACAAGAUGGACGCAGGCGCACUGAUGAGAUACUUUCAGCCCAUUAUCACGUGGCUGGAAAAACAAAAUGUCAACGAAGUCCUGGGAUGGCCUGACUUCAACUGGGUGCCGCCCAUUCCGGAGGGCUAUCCGGAGGACAUUGAUAAGAAUACAGACGAGCUGGCUGCCAAGAAUCUUCUGGAUGAAUACAAUAGUACAGCGGAAGUGGUGUGGAAUGCCUAUACGGAAGCCUCCUGGGCGUACAACACUGACAUUAAUGAAGCCAACAAGCAGAACAUGCUCCAGAAGAACCUGGACAUGUCAGCCCACACGUUAAAAUAUGGCCAACGGGCACGGCAGUUCGACACGGCGGACUUCCAGGAAGACGCAGUCAAACGCAUCAUCAAAAAACUCAGCGACAUCGAGAGGGCCGCGCUGCCGUCGGCGCAGCUUGAGGAGUACAACAAUCUCCUGUCCAACAUGGAGACCAAAUAUAGCGUAGCAGAAGUGUGCAGAGAUAAUGGCCAAUGCCACCCACUGGAUCCCGACCUUCAGAAGAUCAUGGCGGAGUCCAGAGAUUAUGAUGAGCUGUUAUUUGCCUGGAAGGGCUGGCGAGAUGCAGCCGGCAAAGUACUUCGCUCGGAUUACGAGCGAUAUGUGGAACUGGCCAACCAAGCUGCCAGACUCAACGGUCACAGCGACAACGGUGCUUUCUGGCGCUCGCUGUACGAAACGCCGACCUUUGAGGAGGACCUGGAGAGACUCUGGAAAGAACUUGAGCCGCUCUACCUGAACGUGCACUCCUAUGUUCGCAGGGGUCUGUACAACAAGUACGGCCCUAAACGCGUCAACCCGAGGGGGCCCAUACCUGCUCACUUGCUCG